CACUGGCACGAGCAGCAGAGCGAGCCGGAGCCGCGGCGCGCGGGGCGGUGCGCCAGCCCGGAGUCCUUGCGCGAGCCGGGUCACGUGGCCCCCGGAUGCGGGAAAAUCGGAAGGAGAGAGUGGCGCGCGGCUUGCAGCUGCAAAGCUUGUUGCAGAAGUAGUCAAUGGCGGCUCCGACAUGCAAAGUUGAAGAUGUCAAGCAAGUGGUGUCAAUGAUACGCAGGAACCUGGAGUGCCCUAUUUGCCUGGACUUAUUGAGAGACCCGGUUUCUACAAGAUGUGACCACCAGUUUUGCAGGAUGUGCAUGCUGAAACACCUGAGUGGAAGCAAGAGGGCUGGGGCACAGUGCCCGCUCUGCAAGGCUGAAGUCACUAAAAGAAGCUUGCAGGACAGCUCUCGUUUUAAACAGCUUGUGGAGGCCCUGCAGAGAACUAUCCAUGCUUUUGAGCAGGACACUGGGACGAAGUUUUUCACCAGCCCCAGGAUAUUGAUUUCUGCUCCUGAAACAAAACGUUGUGAAGAAUUGUGGGAAGAGAAGGGCGCUCCGCAGAGCCCGGUCGGCAGGAACAGGGCAAAGAGAGCCACUGCAAGUAAAGCUUCUAAAAGACCAGAGGGGGAAGGACAGCCUGCCGCUAGCCGUGGUCAGGACGUUUCUGGGACUAGUAAAAAUCGGGCACAAGGGAGUCUCUUGCCAUUGCAGCUCGACUUCUCAGAAGUGCUCUUGGAGCAGAAAAAUGGAUUGGGCGCUCCUGACCUCGGGCUCACGGAAGCACAGGCCAUCGGGACCAAGACUCGGGCCGAGUCUUCAGCCUGCGAGAGGCUGGGUGGUAGAAUCACCGACAGCGAGUCCCAGCAGGAGCUUGAGGCAGCGAUUUCCUCUGCUGCUGCAGAGGGUUUUGCAAAACUUAUGGAUCUGGAUGAUUCUUCUUACUUUGCGAACUCUGGGACGGCAGUAGCUGGCUCCUCCGAGCCAACAACUCAAGACCGGGAGAGGAGUGCUGCAGACGUGACUGACCCAGUGAUCCCGGUCCGUCUGCACAUGGGUAAUAACCGGGACCUCACCUCCUCACGGGAAGAGGAAGAGCAUAGUUUCGUUUCUGCCAGCAAAGAUGUGAAGGAUAGUGAACACCUAGCCAGCAGAAAGAAGAAUUAUCUGUCUUCUAAUGACCAGGACCCUUCAGGUGAAAAUAAAACCUUUGACGUGAGUGAAAAAAGUAAGACUAACAACAAAGACAACAGUCUACAAAGUGCAGAGAAUUUAAAAGCGUCCGAUUUUGCCCAGGUCUCUUCCAAUAAGAUCUUGGAAAAGAGACGGAAGACCAGUGUCCAGAAGGUCAUGGAUUGGCUCUCCAGGAUCGAUGAAAAGGCUUGUUUUCCAGAAGAGGAGAACAGACCUGCUGAGACACCCUCUGAUGCAGAUUCUCUUUUAGAAGAGGUAAAGAGUAAUGAGUCUGAUGGGGAUUCCUCAGCUACUGAGAAAUGUGAUGAGCUGGUCCAGGAGUGUGUUGAGAGUCUUAAAAAGACUGAUCGCAGGAGCACCCUAGAAGAUCAGGUCUUUGGGGUUGUCUACAAGAGAGCGCGGAGAACCAGUGCUCAGCUGAACAAGAGCUUUUCGUCUGACAGGAAAGGUGUGGAAGUGUUUUCUUCAAGCUCAAGCAAAGAGCAUCAGGCCAACAAGAAAGUGUGUAAGAGAAAGUCCAAUGAGCUGACACCAGCUGACUUCAUAAAGAGGCCUUCCCCCGUGGCUGAAACGAGCGACGCCACAUCCCAGCCUGCAAGAAGCGAUGCAGGGGGCCGUGUUCGAAGUGAGAGUCUACAUGUGCUUGUCUCAGAUGGAAAUCAGCCAGAGAUAGAACAAAGACCCUCACCCUCUCAGAGAACUGCCAGGGCUGAAACAACACAGGCAGGAGGUUCCUGGAAGGAUGAGGAAGAGGAUUUGCAGCCAGACCGUCAGGAGAGGAAAGGAAAGAAAAGCAAACCCAAUACAAAGGAUAACAGGAAGAGGAAUGCACUGACUAGAAAGAAGGCCAUCAAGGCAGCAAAACCCCUAGACCUAGUCAGCUGCCAGCAAAACAAUACUGGUCAAGAUGCAGACAGUGCUGGCCCAUGGAAACCUACCAUUAAUGAGACGGAAGCACAGAUUGAGAGCUACCCAAGCAGUGAGGAACCUGCAGGUAGAGCUGGAGAGCCCCAUGCUACACGAAGAAGCAGAAGACUCCAGCUUUUAACAGAAAAGGUUCGGUGUACUGGCAGAAGGCUCAGAACUGAAGACUCUGAGUUGGAAAGGGAUCCCCAAGCUCCUGAUCAGUCUGAAAACGGUCAGUGUUUGCUCACAUCAGAUCAAGCUGGAAUGCUGACUUGUAAGGGAGUUGAGCAGCUGUGUGAAAGUAGUGAAAAAGAGAAUGAGACAACAGAAGUUUUGAAAGUAUCAGAAGGUUAUGAGGACAUUCAGCAACAAAGCGGGCAUAUUGUGGUUGAGAGUUCUCUGGUUUCCAUCAUCCGCAAUGCAGAAUCUCCUUGCAACUCCAAUAAAGCAUUCAAAGGUGACCAAUUAGUUCCAUCCGCUCUUGAUAUCUCAGAAGGACCGGACACAGGAUCUGAUGUGGCUGUGAUGGACGAGUUACUUCCAGGGGAACUGACGGAAGGAAAAAAUGACAGUGAACUGGAGACUGAACAGAUUCUGAAAACAUUCAAGAUAUCGAAAAGAAGGUCCUUUAACUUGCUGCCAAGUCCUGAGUACCCAUCCCAGGAGAGCGAGUUUUGUGACAAUAAAGCAUCAGAAAAAAAUGAAAAUCCAGAAGAAGAAAAAGGACAAGUAAAUGUAGCAGUUGAGAGGACCAGUCUGCAGUCUGAGAAAGAACUGGAUUCAUCUUGUGUGAAAGAGCCAGCAGAGACACCUGGGACAAACUUGGAACAGCCAGAAAAACCUGAGACUUUAAGGAAUGAGCAAUACUCUGCAUCCAGACAUGUUGAAACUGAGAACUCUGGCUGUACUGAUAUAAUUCCACCAACAAAACCUGCCUCCCCCAGGCCAGUGUCUUUUGACAGUUGCAGAAAUGUUGACAUAAAAUCUGGUCAGACCCUUUUUGCUGAUGUUUCUGAAGCUGACAAGAUCAGUGACGGCUCCACUUCCACCUUCUCGUCGAUUUGCACGGACAGUCAGAGACCCAGAGACAGGAAUGGCAGGCGGAAGAAGACAAAGAUGGAUGAGUCUACUCUGGGUAGUGUGAGAGGAAGGAAGAAAAAUUUGAAUCUUAGUUCGAUACAUUUUUCACAGGUCCCACCUAACACGGAGCAGCUCGUCUGUGCUUCACUUCUGAACAGGCAAAUUCCCAUUGACGGUUUACCCCAGGAAAAUGAGUCAUUAGUGGAAAACUGUAAAGUAAAGAGUACAAUGAAAGAAAGCUUUGUGGGCAACGGAGAACAAAGUGACUUUGUGCAAAGUUUUCCACUUGCAAGGAAGGAACUUUCCACUGGGCCAAACAUCUCGCAGGAGUCAUCUAUGACCCCUGAUGGCCUUUUGCCCUUACGAGCUGUUGCUAGUGACAGAGCAGACAAUGAAGAGCAGUGUCUACCAGGUGAAGGCAAAGAGCAGCUGAGCCAGUGGUCACUGAAUUCCAACCCAAGGAAGAGAAUGAGGGCCCGAAUGCUGGAGUCAUCAGACUCAGACUCAAAUACUGAGGAAGAUCUUCCAUCCCUUGCAGAGCUACUUGGGCCAAAGCAGCCAGCUACUAACCCUCAAGAAGACUCUAACCAAUGGAAUCCCCUUCAGAAUCGUGACCUCGAAGCCUCUCCUUCUAGUACUGUUGAGUCAUCUGUGGUUUUACCUGUUCAGCAGAGCGUUCCUGCAAGUCAGGGCUCUGUAGAUCUAUUUUCAACUCAGUCUGACAGUCCCAGCCAUCGCAUAGAGCAGAUAGACCUGGUAGAAACCGAGGUUCCUAGUCACAGCAGCCAAGGCCAGAUGGAGCUGCCCGAUAGGAACCGCGUAGAAGAGUGUGGCAAGCAGAGCAGUGUGGAAGACGAAGGCGAUUUAGAGAUGAAGACAGGUGAGCCCCUGGGUUGCUUGCAUGGAGGCAGCCACACUGGAGAGUUGCCACAGUCUUCUCAGAGUGAAAUCCUCACCACCCAGCAAAAAGACACCAUCCAGAAGGACCUGAGGAGGAUCGAAGAGGAGAUGGCUGUGCUGGAGGCAGCGCUGAAGGGUCAGGGGAGUCCAGAGGGCGGCUCAUCUUCCAGGAGGCUGGCCUGUCUGCUGGGGCAGGGCGCUGAAGGAGAGCCAGGGCUGUUGAGUGUGGCAAAGCUGGGAAUCGGGACCACCAAGCAGUCUGGAAGCAGCGGAGCUUGUGAUGCCUCGGGCCCAAUUCCGAACCCCAGGGAAGGAGCCGGAUCACUGCCGCUCCCUGCCGCGGGAGUCUUGACAAGCAGGACCAGUCCCGGGGCUGGUGAGGCACGUGGCCGGCUGGCUGCCCGCAGGGUCUCUGCGGACAGGGGCGCCGCCAGGGGCAGGAUGGUGCUUGUGGGCUCCGGGCUGGACAGGAGUGAGCUGAUCAUGGUGCAGAAAUUUGCAAGGAAAAUGGAUGGAACCCUCGCAGCACAGGUGACCCCUGGGACCACACACGUCAUCAUGAAAACUGAUCCGGAGCUGGUCUGCGAGAGGACACUGAAGUACUUCCUGGGAAUCGCUGGGCGGAUGUGGGUGGUCAGCUUCCUGUGGAUCAGGGAGUGCUUCAGGCAAGGACAGCUGCUGGAUGAGGCUGCCUUCGAGGUGAAAGGAGACGUGAUCAAUGGCAGAAAUCACCAGGGACCCAGAAGAGCUCGGACAGCCACAAGGGAAGAACUUCUUCUGAGCAACUAUGAGAUCUGCUGCCAUGGAUCAUUUACAGAUAUGACCACAGGGCAGCUGGAGUGGAUGGUGGAGCUCUGUGGAGCAACUGUGGCUAAAGAACCCUUCCUCUUCACCUAUAACCCGGAGCUCAUCCAAGUGGUUGUGGUGCAGCCCGAAGCAGAGGAAUCACAGACAGAUUACAAAGCUCUCCAGAGGAAGUACAGUGCCAGAGUCGUGACAAGAGAGUGGGUGCUGGACAGUGUGGCUCUUUACAGCUGCCAGGCCUUGGACUCUUACUUGGUGAAGCCACUCAGCUGAGGAACUGGUGAGACCUGGAGAGGCUGCCUGGACCCCAGCACAGUGCACAUACAGCUGCUCAAACCAGCUCUGGGCUAGGAGUCUUCUAAACCAGUUAGCAAUUAAAGAGUUAUUUUCUUGUCCAGUAGUCCAGUGAAAUUGGUUGUGAAGAGAGGUAAGAGACUGCUUUUGUUCUUCUUUCAGCCUCAGUGUAGUUGAUAAUAUUCAGUAGUUGAAUCCAGUACUUCUGUACAUCUUCUAACAAUAAUUGUAUUCUACUGUAGAAGAUGCACAUUCAUGAGCUGUUGUGAUAUUUCUGUACAACUCAUAGCAUUACAAUCCAAACAUUUUUCAUUAUUAUCAGACCUAGUGCAUUUGUGGAUGGAUAAGCAAAAACAAGGUUAAAAAAAAUCCGAAGUGGAUCAUCUGGGGAGAAUUUUAUUUUUAUCCUUUUUUCCUACACUAUGUGAAAAUAUGUAUAAUUGUCCAAUUAAAAUUAAUUAUUGAGAAUAAAGGGUUGUAAAAUGG